AUGGUUCGUUUCUACUCGUCCCGCAUCGCCAUGACCUUGGUAGGUGAAAUUUGAAGAAUUCAAAUUUUUGGAUCGAAUUUUUCCUAUUUUUUUCCAAGAUUUAAAUAAUUUUUUUGUAGUUAACGCUUGUUUGAACUUUGAAAUAAGAAUCUAAAAAUUUAAAAAAAUCCUUAAAAUUGCUUAAAAAUUGCUCAGAAAUUAGAAAAACUAAACUUUUUCCGCUUUUUUUAAGGUCUCUAUUUAAUUUCUUUAAGCUUUCGUAGAACCGUUUAUACUAAUAUAUAUAUUAGAAAUCCUCUGCCCCAUUCGAAAAAAAGUCAAAAUCGCGGCUUUAAAAAAUGGCAAAAAUCCGAAAUCCCUGGACAGGGGUCGAACUUGGGACUUAUUUCUUCGUCGUUAGGAGCUCAACCGGUUGAGCCAAGGUCUCCAUUUUCUUGACCUUUCACGUCAUCAACUCAAACCACUCAGUUUUGGACUAAAUCACAAUUUUAAAAAAAUGCAAAAAUCAAUUCUCCCUCGACGGGGAAUGAACCUGGAACCUUCGGUUAAGAAACAAGCAUCUUCCCCAUUCAUCCAAGCUUCUACUAUUUUAAUAAAUCAAAAUCUCAGGGUUUUUAAAGUUUUCUUGUUCAGAAAUGAAUCAAUUUAAAUGCAGGAUGAUUUAAAAAAGAAAAAAAACGGCAAAAAUCCAAAAUUCCUAGGCUGGAGUCGAACUUGGACCAUUUUCAAAUGAUGAAUUCUCCAUUUUUUUGAUGAUCUUUUUUUGAAAAAAACCGAAAUAUUCUCAGUUAGUUUUACUUACCGUUUCAGAAAAGCUUUAUAUCAAAAUUUUUCUUCGAUAUAAAGUUCUGACGACGUUAUAAAAACCGUUAAAAAUCAAUUAAAACCUAUUUUCCAAAAUUCCACCGUAGUCUUAACUUUUUCCCCAUCGUAAAUCUUCGAGUUCCCCGAAAUUGAGCGCCAAAAAAGGACGUGAAAAAAAUGGUUCUACUCCUAAGCCACGCCCCCUUUUUCUCCGCCUAUUUUUUUGCUUUUUCCUGGAAGCAAUUCCUAAGCAUCAUUUUGCGUGGGGAAGAGCUUUCAUUUUUUUCCGUAUUUUUCUGUUUUUUUGAAUAAAUAUCAUAAAUCCUCUGAAGGUGGCUAUAUAGGAAGCGACGAAAAAAACACAUUUUUUUCAAAAAAAUCACCAGAAUAUCAUUUUUUUCCUUGUUGAAACUUGUUGAUUUUUUUCGUUUUUAAAUAAGAAAAAAAGGCAAAAAAAUUUUUUUCAGCCAUUUUUUUCGAAGAAAGUACGCUCUAAAGUAGAAAAAAGUUCAAGGAAUCCCUUAAGGAAUACCUUCAGAAGUAUAUUUAUACACUUAUUCUUUGAUUUCUAAUGAUAAAUGGCUUCUUGUUACGUCGAAAAUUAUUUUUAAUCUUGAAAAGAAGCUACCGUAACUCUUAAAAGUACAGUAGAAAAAACCAAAAAAAAACUUUUUCAACUCAUUUUCCCGUUUCAGAAAAUUUAUAAAUGCAAGGCUCGAUUGAAAAAAUUCGCUUUUGUAGAAUUAAAUUACACCGUAAACUUGAAAAAAAGCUACAGUAACCCUGGUUUUGUCAAAAACUUUCCCUUCGAGACCUCGGCAUCCACAGUAGAUAUUAAAACUGAGAAUUCGCAAAACAAAGCUAUCGUAACCCUAAAAACCCAAAAUAACUACAGUAACCCGACCUAUUUUCUUUUCAUGACCUCUGAGAAGUGGAAAAGACGACCGGAAGGGUCCAAGUUCAUAAAAUAAUAUCGCAUUUCGACCUGACGAAGGGAGGAAAAAGUCGUCUCGAAUUUCUCUCAGUUGUUCGGUUCGAACUUCUUUUUUCCUUGGCCUCAGGAGCUCAUAAUUUUUCUUUUAUAUCAUCUUGAUUUCAUCAUUUUUUCGUUUCCUUGAUGAUAAUUUGAAAAAAAUCACCGGCAAAAAUUAAUUCGACGCGCAGGGGAGUCGAACUCGCGACCCCUUGAACUACGGUUUAAAGCGCUACCAGCUGAGCCUGAUAUUCACAUGAACUCUAUUUCAUCAAACUUGAUUAUCUAACAUCUUACUUUCCUCCUACCCCUUUAAAUUCGACAAACAACGCCUCAAUUGAUGUCACAAAGGUUACGGGUUCAAUCCCCAUCGGAACGAAUACUUUUUUGCUAUUUUUUUUUCACGUCCCUGGACCAUUAAAAUGAUUAAAAAAUGAUUUUUCAGGCUCAAAGACAACAAAGAAUGGCGGUUUCAUCCAACAUGAUGCAGUUCUCCGAGGACAUCAUCAAGCAGGUUCGCCCGAAGAAUUAAAUUUGAAUAAAUUUUUCGUUUUCUAAGAACUUCCCCAUUCUAGAGCAAAGAACGACGAGAAAAAAAAAACUAGAGGUCUUAGAAUAGUUUCCGGCAAUUUGGACAGAACUUGAUACACUAUUUUAGCCUGAAAACGUCCGCAUUUUACAGCUAACACCGGAGGAAAUCGACGAAUUCCGGGAAGCUUUCAUGAUGUUCGACAAGGACGGAAAUGGGACCAUUUCGACGAAGGAGUUGGGAAUCGCGAUGCGGAGCUUGGGCCAGAACCCAACUGAACAGGUGAGAUUCGGGUUGAGAAACACUCAAGUGGCCACUUGAAGAUGGAAAAUGGGGAAAAAGUCCCGAAAUGCUCGGAAAUCUAACGAAAAAAACGGCUUGUUUUUUUGAGAAGAAUCAAACAUUUUUUUGUGUAAAAAUUAUGAAAUUUUCAAGACUUCUAUAUGUAAGCUUCUGUACUAGCGGAAGGAAAAACCCUCAAAUAGCCACUCAACAAAAAAAAUAAUAAAUAGAAAAAAAUCCGGUGGAAAGUUCGAAAAACCGUCUUAGACUCAACAUAAAAGCCUUUUUUUUGAGAAAAAUCAAGAAAAAAUAAAUUUUCGACUAAAUUUAUGGAGCUUCCAAGGCUUCAGACAAUUCGCCUUGAGACAAAACUCCAAGUGGUCUCUUAAGGGAGGAGAAAAUCGAAAAAAAACAGAAAACCAGUCAAAAAAUCAACUCAAAGUUUGAAAAAGAAUUUUAUUUUUGGGGAAAUUUUUUCACCUCGAUUCCCAGCUUCUCCUACACUCUAGCGUGGUUCGAAAAAAAGCCAAUAAAACUGUCUAAACCUCUUAUUUUCGUAUACUAUUUCGUUGAUAGAUCAAAAAUCUGUCUCAGAGUGUUAUAUAAGCCAUAAAACCUAUAGAAAAAUUUUUUUUUAACGGAAUUUUCAAAAAUUCCAUUCUAGCUCUACUAAAAUCAUAUUUCAUCUUUCGAUCUCCCACCAAAAAUCCUCGUACAUAUUUUCAAUAUUUUACCUUCUCCUGAAACCGUAACUUCAGUUAUUUUGAAAUUAUCCAAAAACACAAAAAUCGAAAUUAUUCGGACCCCAUUUCCAAAAAUCAUAUUUUACUAAACUGAAACCAAGAAAAACUCCUUGAACCAUUUAUUUUGAUUAUUUUGCUCCAGAGAAGUCCCUAUAGGGGCAACCUUGAUCCCUUGGAGGGUCCCCUCUGCCAACCCUUUUAGGGACCACUUGAGCUUUAGAGACUAAAGGGUCAGAUCCAAAUCCUAUAGGGGCAGUCUUUCUUCCUAACCCCUAUAAGUAUCACUCUAAGAUUCCUAAGUUCCAAAAAAUCAGAUCUCAACUAUACUUUAUCCGAAAAUUCCGUACCUCUUCAUAUUCCCCGCUUUUCCCUGUCCGUCAAUCAUUUUCUCGCCUUUAACCUCGCCAUCCAGAGCAACUGACCCCCUCGAACGUCACUAGUCAAAUCGAAAAUGCGGCUUUUCCGCGUUCCCUGCAAAAAGCUCGUUGAGACAUUUUCAGGUGUGUAAGAAUUUCUGAGCAUUCUUCCGUGUCAACUUCUUUUUUGCACGACUAAAAGUUUGCAGGAAGAUAAUUCUUUUCAUGUGAUCUAGGAUGUCUUUGAGCACUCUAGGGAUCACUUAAGAUCGCUAAAGUGGUCCCUAGAACUUGGAGGUGCUGACGCCACUAAAGUGGGUCCCUAGAAAUUUUCAAAAACCUCCAGGACUCGUCCUGUUCGCGUUAAAAAAGUUCAAAAAAGCAAAAAUCAAAAAAUCGCCUUGAAACUCUCAAAUUUGUGUGCUCUGAGACUGUUUUUCGUUGAUUUUUCCCAGAAAAAGUUGAAAUUUUGUAGAUAAUUCUCCAAAAUCUCAAAUUUCAAGCCUAUGAUUAUCAUUUUGACAACGAAAACCGAAAUUAUCAUAAAAAAAUACGAAAAACAGUUAAAAUUUCCAUUUCAAGCGCAAAAACCAACCAAUUACGGACUUUCAGUCUACAGUAACCUUAUAGAAAAAAUCCAAAAAAAGAGCAUUUUUUGAUCCUGUCUCUUCAGAAUGAUAAUUUUCACGUCAUUGGAAAAAGAAACGCGCAAAGUCCGCAUACACCAUCGCCCACACACUUUCAGCCUACAGUAACCCAAAGAUCUCAUUUUUUUGCGCUUACUUGCUAAAUUUUUAAAGAAAAUGAAACACGAUCCAAGUUUUAGAAUGAUUUCACAAAUCCACGAAUAUUUUCAUGUCAAAAAAUAUUUUUUCAUGUAAAGUUUGAAAAAAUAGCCACCAAAAGCUCAGACUUUGUGUGCUCGGCGGCUAAUUUUCCAAGAAAAUGAAAAAUCAACCUUUUUUUUUUUUAAUUUUUCAGAAUCGAAAAUCUUUAAAAUGCCUUUAAAAAUUCUUUUUUAACACUGUCAUUAUCAAUGGAGCGCAAAAGCCUUUCUUAAGUUUUUUCUUUGAAUUUUUCCGUUUUACACCCCUCAAGUGCCCACUUAAGAAUCCUCUCAAAGAUCUAAUCCAAAAAUUCCACUCGAAAUCCCAUCAAUUACUCAGAACACGGAACAUGGAGAAAAAAAAAGUUGGCUUCUUGAAAAAUGAUGAAAAAUUUGGGGUCCUUCAAAUUCCAUCACCUUCAUUUUUCAUUUCCGAAUUUUUCCUCCGCACUUCUAAGAGGAUCAGAAGUCCUUCAGGGAAGUGAAAAAUUUCUAGUUUGGUCAGGAAAUUUUGAAAAAAAGCUCUACUAAUUACAAAAAAUCAAAAUUUUUUCCAAAAAAUUCAGAAAAUCCUUGUUUUUUGUUGAUUAAUCUAAUGAAACAGGAAUAAUUUAGUGUUUUCUUCUUUCAAAUUAAGCUUAAAAGCCGAGAAUCUACUAAAAAACAUUUUGAGAAUGCAAAAAUUGAAAUUUUUGAGUUUUGUGAUGAAAAUUGAACGAGAUUUUGCUUCCGGGAAACUUUUUUUAAUAAAAAAAAUUUUUUAUUGCAUUUUUUUGAGUUUCUCAGUACAAUAAAAAAAGCACAGUAGAAUCAGGAAAAAUUCAUUUUUUUCAACCACAAAAAUAUAAAAAAAUACUACUAUUACUUUUUAAAAAAAUCAGUUCAAAAAGCCCGAAAAUCCCCAUUUUCGACCCUUUUUCCCCCCAAAAAAACACUCGAAAUUUUCCCACAAACUCUGUUUUCCGCCCCAAAAAAAUAGCCUCACUCCUCUGGAAAUUCCAACUUUUUGGAAGAAUGGAAAAUCACGCGCUUUGAGAACAUAUCAAGUCAAGUCAUGAGGGAAAUCUCCGAAUUUGGUCCAAAAAACUCGUUUCGUAUAGUUGAAAUCAAGAAAAAUCUUGUUUUCCAAGAGGGGAAUGAAGUUUGAGACUUGGAACUUGAGAAGAACUUUCAAAAAUGAUUCGAAAAGCUCAUUUUGAAGCCAAAAAAUGGGUUUUUCCCAGAAAAGGGGAUGUUUUUACUCAUUAUUACUAUAAAAACAUGGAAAAUCAGCAAGUGGGUGUGAGAAAAAUCACAAAAAUGUAUUACGAGCCUCUCUUUUUGAAAAAAACUCAAUUGAAAAAAAAUGGCAAAAAAUCCUCGUCACCGAGAGGAGUCGAACCGUUGACCUUUUUAACGAUAGAUUAACGUGCUAUUCACUGCUAUGAGCUACAAAAAAAGGGAAAAAAUGUUUUUCUGAGUCUCUUUUUGAGCAAAAGAAAAAGACAGAAAACUCAUUUAAAAAAUGGCAAAAAAAUCCUUGUCCCCGCAAGGAGUCGAUCCCUUGACCUUUUUGGUGAUGAGUUAACGUGCUACGUACUGCGCUAAACAUAUCAGCUAUAUUUUUGAAGUUUUCUUGAUGCAAAUUUGAAAAAACUAAUAUUCUUUUUUUGAAAAACUGAAAUUUUCAAAUUUAAAAUUUACAAAAAUUCAAAAUCAAACUUGAUAUGGUCUCCCUCAAGUUUUAAAAAACUUCUGAAACAGGAAAAUCAAAAUUUUGCCGAAUUUUCAGGAAAUCCUGGAAAUGAUCAACGAGGUCGAUAUCGAUGGCAACGGGCAAAUCGAAUUUCCCGAAUUUUGCGUUAUGAUGAAACGGAUGAUGAAGGUAUCCAUAUUGCUCAUGUUACCUAAAAAUUAUCGAUUAUUUUUUUCAGGAAACCGACUCGGAAAUGAUCCGUGAAGCUUUCCGCGUUUUUCGACAAAGGUUGGUUUCGUUAUUUAAUUUUAAGAAUGAGAAAAAAAUCAAUAAUUUACAGACGGAAAUGGUGUCAUCACAGCUCAAGAGUUCCGCUACUUCAUGGUGAGAUUUUUUUCGAAUUUUUUUUAGAAUUUUUUUUUUCAAUUUCCGUGCGAAAAUUAAAGUUAAAACAAAAUUUUAAUUAAAAAUUAAAAAAAAAAAUUUCCAGGUCCACAUGGGAAUGCAGUUUUCUGAAGAAGAAGUCGAUGAAAUGAUCAAGGAAGUCGACGUGGAUGGUAAUUUUUUUAUUAAAUAAUUUUGAAAAAGCUCAAAAAUUGAAUUUUACGCGCAAAGGCCGCAAACACAGGCCCUUUGCGGACUCUAAUCCUACAGUAACCUUGUCAAGAAAAAAAGGACAUUUUUCGAAAACUCCUCUUCAAAAUAAUGAUUUCCUCGUUAUUGGACAUGACACGCGCAAAGUCCGCAUACACCACUACAUACACACUUCCAGCCUACAGUAACCCAAAAAUCGUUUUUCAACAAAUGUGCUUCAGGCGACGGUGAAAUCGACUACGAAGAAUUCGUCAAAAUGAUGUCCGAUCGUUAA